AUGCAGUUCUCCAUCACCGCUAUUGUUCUCGGCCUCGCUGCCGUUGCUUCCGCCGGCAUCGUCGACACUGAGGGUGUUCGUAACGCUCCUCGCAGUGCUGUUCUGAUUACCCGCCAGAAUGGUCAGAACGGCGGCCGACCUGUUCCCAGCGGCGAAUGCUGUGUCGCCAACACCAGCUUGAAGCAGGACGCUUGCACUGCUUCCAAUGGCCAAGCCGGUCGCUGUGUUCCCGGCGGUAACAACUGUGGUGGCCGACUUAGCUGCGUCGCUCAGGCAAACUUGGAGUGUGACGCCAACGUCAUUGAGCGUGGAAAGGAUCUUUGCCGCGCCAAGGCCGCUAACGGUCUCUUUGAUGGUGGCAACAUCAUCCAGAACCUUAGCCAGGCUUCGGUCAACUAG